UCGGUGCCUUUCGCCUCAGUGCCCGCGCUGCGUUUCCUCUGUGCCAUUUAGUUGGAGAAAUAACAUUCCCACAGAGCUUCUUGUCUUGUCUUGCAGGGAGGGAGUUGCUUUCCGGUAAUAGUAAAGGAACGUGAUACUGAAUGAAAACCCACCAGCAGCAUCCUCGUUUAAUUGGAGCCUGACUCUUUCUGCUUAAUGUUGAUUUCUUUGUCAUCAGGUCUGCUAAAAAAUGACAGAAUAUAAACUUGUUGUCGUUGGAGCUGGUGGUGUAGGCAAGAGCGCCUUGACAAUACAGCUAAUUCAGAAUCACUUUGUGGAUGAAUAUGACCCUACAAUAGAGGAUUCCUACAGGAAACAAGUCGUAAUUGAUGGAGAAACCUGCCUCUUGGAUAUUCUUGAUACAGCAGGUCAAGAAGAAUACAGUGCAAUGAGGGACCAAUAUAUGAGAACAGGGGAAGGCUUCCUGUGUGUAUUUGCUAUAAACAAUACAAAAUCUUUUGAAGAUAUUCACCAUUAUAGGGAACAAAUAAAGAGAGUUAAAGACUCUGAAGAUGUCCCCAUGGUGCUAGUAGGAAACAAAUGUGAUUUGCCUUCCCGAACAGUAGAUACAAAACAAGCUCAGGAUUUAGCCAGAAGUUAUGGAAUUCCUUUCAUUGAAACAUCAGCAAAGACAAGACAGAGAGUGGAGGAUGCUUUUUAUACAUUGGUGCGAGAGAUUCGACAGUACAGAGUGAAAAAAAUCAGCAAAGAAGAAAAGACUCCAGGGUGCGUGAAAAUUAAAAAAUGCCUUGUAAUGUAA